GCUCGUGGAGGGCGCAGAGCUCAGCGGGCUGGGGCUGGACCCUGGGAGCAGAUCCGGGGGCAGCUCCCCAGGUGGCCCAGGCGCUCAUGCCGGGGUCUCUGACUCCUGGGGUGGGCUGGGUCACGGGCCGCAGGGGAAGGCAGGCACACCCAAGCGAGCGGGCGGCUCGGCUGUCGUGGGCCUGUGGCUGGGUACUCUCUUCCUGUGGCUGGGUACUCUCUUCCUGUGGCUGGGUACUCUCUUCCUGUGGCUGGGUACUCUUCCUGUGGCUGGGUACUCUCUUCCUGUGGCUGGGUACUCUUCCUGUGACUGGGUACUCUCUUCCUGUGGCUGGGUACUCUCUUCCUGUGGCUGGGUACUCUUCCUGUGACUGGGUACUCUUCCUGUGGCUGGGUACUCUUCCUGUGGCUGGGUACUCUCUUCCUGUGGCUGGGUAUUCUCUUCCUGUGGCUGGGUACUCUUCCUGUGGCUGGGUACUCUCUUCCUGUGGCUGGGUACUCUCUUCCUGUGGCUGGGUACUCUCUUCCUGUGGCUGGGUACUCUUCCUGUGGCUGGGUACUCUCUUCCUGUGGCUGGGUACUCUUCCUGUGACUGGGUACUCUUCCUGUGGCUGGGUACUCUUCCUGUGGCUGGGUACUCUCUUCCUGUGGCUGGGUAUUCUCUUCCUGUGGCUGGGUACUCUUCCUGUGGCUGGGUACUCUCUUCCUGUGGCUGGGUAUUCUCUUCCUGUGGCUGGGUACUCUCUUCCUGUGGCUGGGUACUCUUCCUGUGACUGGGUACUCUCUUCCUGUGGCUGGGUAUUCUCUUCCUGUGGCUGGGUACUCUCUUCCUGUGGCUGGGUACUCUCUUCCUGUGGCUGGGUACUCUUCCUGUGGCUGGGUACUCUCUUCCUGUGGCUGGGUAUUCUCUUCCUGUGGCUGGGUACUCUCUUCCUGUGGCUGGGUACUCUUCCUGUGGCUGGGUACUCUCUUCCUGUGGCUGGGUACUCUUCCUGUCCUGCAGGGCGACCCUGAGGCUCAGAGGUGAGCCAGAUGCCCAGAGCAGGGCUGGGCUGAGGAGGCCCUCCCUGCCUGUGGAACCCUGUGGUGUGACCUGGUGACCUCUGC